AUGGCUGCCGAAUGUGCUAAAGAGUGUAAGGCUAUUGAGGAGAGACUUGGCGAGCAACUCAAAGUGGCCGAGGCCAAACAUGCUGAGCAGCUCAAGGCAGCCGAGGAGAAAAAUGUCGAACAACUAAGAGCUGCUGAGGAGAAGAUUGCUAAGCUGGGCGAGGAGCUGAAGCAACAUAAGGAGGCCCUGACCAAAGUCACUGAAUCCAAAGAAAAGUACAAGGAGGCGUCGGUGAGUAACUACAAAGAGGCCUCCAAACUCCAAGAUGAACUGGCGAUCACCAGGAAAGAAACUGCUGAGUUGGAGGAGCGAGUUAAAUUGCUCGAAGAAACCAAUGCUAGUGAUCUUGAGAGGUUCAGGGUAGCAACGUUUAACUGCUUUUAUAUGUUCUGGAAAAUAAACCACGAGGCAAACUUUGAUUAUUUACCAGAGCGUAUGAAGUAG